GGCGGAGGGCAGCCUGGGCCAUCGGAGCCCCCAAGGCCCGAUUGCUGUAAGGGUUUCGUUGCUCCCUCUUCUGGCCCUCUCUCUGAUGCGCCUCUCUGCAGGUCGCCGUUCUCGCUCUGUCAUUGCUGCCUGUGAGCUCGCCCAGCUAUGGCUUUCAUCAAGCCUAACAAGACUAAGGCCUACUUCAAGAGGUUUCAGGUCAAGUACAAACGAAGGAGAGCUGGUAAAACCGAUUACCGGGCGAGGAUCCGUUUGACCACUCAGGACAAGAACAAGUACAACACCCCGAAGUACCGUUUCGUCGUUCGUUUCACCAAUAAGGACAUUGUUGCCCAAAUCACCUAUGCUACUCUUGCUGGUGAUAUUGUGCUUACUUCCGCAUAUGCUCAUGAGCUGCCUCGGUAUGGACUCAAGGGAGGACUUACCAACUACGCCGCUGCCUACUGCACUGGCCUUCUCUUGGCCCGCCGUCACCUGAAGAAUUACGACCUGGAUGAUGAGUACGUCGGCAAUGAGCAGGCGACAGGUGAGGAUUACAAUGUUGAAGAGGGCGAGGGAAAGAGGCCUUUCAGAGCACUUCUGGAUGUGGGUUUGGUGAGGACCACCACUGGUAACAGGGUUUUUGGUGCUCUCAAGGGUGCUUUGGACGGUGGAUUAGACGUUCCCCACAGCGAGAAGCGCUUUGCAGGUUACAACAAGGAGGAUAAGUCUCUGAAUGCCGAGAUUCACCGCAAGUACAUUUUGGGUGGACACGUCGCAGACUACAUGAAGCUUCUGAAGGAGGACGAACCUGAGAAGUACCAAUCUCACUUCAGUGGAUUUAUCAAGGCUGGCGUCGAAGCUGAAAAUCUUGCAGAAAUGUACACAAGUGUGCACGCUGCUAUCCGCGCUGACCCUACUCAACAGAAGACUGAGAAGAAGGCUCCUGCUGAGAAGAGGAAGUGGAAGAUUCAGAAGUUGACCUACGAUGAGCGACAGGCUGCCCUGGUUAAACGUCUCAACGCCAUCAACGGCGAGGAUGAGGAAUAGACUUAGAAUUGUACGCUUGCCAUUGUGAUUACAGAUCAGCAUGCAGUAGGAAGGGUCUUGUCCCAGCUUGCCCAUCUGGCCUGCUAAUUUGUAUGCAUUCGGGUAUUUAAGGUUCGCAUUUGGUCAAGUCUCUGGUACUGACUUGCAUUUCCGUCUUUCCUAGACGCA